AUGGCUUCUGGACGAGGUGGAGCUGUAGCACGAGGUCCAGGUGGCGCUGGUAGCAGCGUACCAGGAUCUCCACCACGUCCUAUGGAGGGGCGGGUAGGGGAUGGCCCUGGAGGAGCCGGCGCAUGCUUUGUGGGAGGGUUGCUUUCCUUGGCGACGCCGACAUCACGUCACACUUUCCGCUACGACGGCCCUCGACCCCCUGCUAAGGGGAAGACACAGCCGGAGAGUGGCAGUGGGGAGGAGGAUGAGGAGGAGGAGGAGGAGGGUGAUGGCGAUGACGAUGAGGACGAUGAGGGGAGUGGGGAUGACAGUGAGGCAGGGUGGGACCCAGAGACGGAUGGCGGUGGGGAGGGGGGAGAGGAUGAUGAAGACCACGAGAUGGAUGGGUUGGAGCCAGAGGGGCGGGAAGAGGAGGUGGGAGAGGGUGGUGGAGAGGCGGCAACGGAGGCGGGCUCACACCAUGUGCGUGAAGGGGGUGGGAGCGUGGGGGUUGCUGUGGGGAAAAAGGCCGCGACCAUUAGGCCGCCAAGUCGGGGGAAGAGGGUGAACAAGUUGAGUGAGCGGGCGUACCCCGCUACGUUCACAGGGGAGCCGUUGGGUGAGGGCGUGAUCGCACCGGAGUUCCUAGACGAGGAUGGAGAGUCAGAAAGUAGCAAGGGGACGGGUAGCAGGAAACCGGGGUGGCAGGUUAUGAUGUUCGGACCGAAGGAUGCAGACGAGAAGCGUCAGUGCAAGAUUUGCACUGACAAGAUCUCGUGGAAGCAGUCCACAACCACUCCCGGCGAGCGGCACUUCGCGAGCCACCAUACAGCGCAUAUGCUUGUGUGGCAUCACAGUUACCACACCCCGUCCAUUCAGUUGCCAGGCGAGACGUUUCCACGCGGGGGUUACAAAGGUGUUCCAGAUGGCUACGUCGAAGCUUACCCGCAUGCCAAAACGUGGCCUCAUCUCGCGACCAAGACACCGCAGGCAGCAGGUGGUGAUAAGAAGGGGGGCGGGAUUGAGCGGUUUAUGACAACGAAGCUGUCACAGGGUGAGCUCCGACGGGCGAUCGCCAAGCUAGUGGUCACCUGCGACCUCCCCUUCCGCAUCGUGGAGGCCGAGGCUUUUCGGGAGCUUCUGAUCCUGCUAAAUCGCAACUGCGCGCAGAAGAAGUUCAUCCCCUCCCGUUGGACGGUCUCCCGCGACACCGUUGUCUUUGCGGCGGCUGCUCUCCAGUCCGCCAUCGCGGAGAUGCUGGCGAAGGAGGGGGAGCUGGGGUGCAAGGUGUCGAUUACCAUAGACAUAUGGACGGCACCCAACAACAGAGCAUGGCUGGUGGUGACCGGCCACUGGAUAGACGAGGCCUUCCAGCUGCGCACGAUGGUGCUCGAGUUCCGUGAGAUGCUCGGGCGGCAUGGAGGCAAGGAGAUUGCGAAGGUGGUUGAGGAGACAGUGGUGCAGUGGAAGUUGGAGGGGCGUUGUCUUGGGUUGACGUCAGACAACGCCUCCAGCAACAUUGCUGCCUUCAGGCGGCUGUCGGAGGAGGGUGGUGGGAGGUGCUUCUUCACCGAGCGCAUGCACUUCCGCUGCCUGGCACAUGUGAUCAACCUUGCCGUGAAGGCAGCUCUCGCAGUGGCCGCCAUCCGCAAGCUGCUGAAGAUCCUGAGGGAGAUGGCGUCGUGGGUGGGCUUCUCGCCGCAGCGCUCAGGGAAGUUCCUGGGCCUGCAACGGACCUUGAACGCGCAGGCCAACCCCGCCAAACCGAAGCCGGCACUGAAGCUGGUGCAGGACUCUCCCACGCGCUGGGGCUCGACACACGACAUGGUCGAGCGAGCCGGGGUUCUGCAGGAACCUAUCAACGGCUUGUCGGCGACUGACAAGAAGAAGGUUGAGAGCUUGCGCCUGACAGACGCAGAUUGGGACACUCUGCAUGCUGUCAAGGCACUCCUCAGUCCAUUCGCCAGAGUCUCGAAGGCAGCGGAGGGGGCGGCGUACCCUACAGUGUCGAUGGUGUUGCCGUACUACAACGGCCUGAUCGACGCUUUGGAGGCGCGCCUUGCGAAGGGGCCAUCGGCUGCGCUGAAGCCGAUGAUCGAGGCGGCGCUGGGGGUCCUGAAGAAGUACGCGUACAUGUCCUCCAACGAGCUGUGGAUCGCCACCUUCUUGGAUCCGUCCAUGAAGGCGGCGUGGUUUGAUGACGAGCACUGGGAGUCGCAGCAUCCCGAGACCGAGCCGAGGGUGAGGCCGCGUCCCACUUCUAGCGAGGUGGUCCAGCUGGUACGCGAUCGCGUGGCCGAGUACCAGGCCCGGGCUGCAGCGCUUGCCCCCCGGGCGCCCCCACUUGCCACCGUGACGGAGGAGGAGGAGGGUGACGCAGCGGAUGACGACGAGGAUGCGCAGUACAUCCCUAGUCGCCGUCGCCUUGCAGCGCGUCUCUCAGCGAGCCAGCAGGCGGGGAGGGGUGGGAUGCUACAGGAUGACGAGGUUAGCAGGUACCUGUCGGAGCGGGUGCGGGAGGACGUGACGGCUCUGGAGUACUGGCGCACCGCCACCAACAUGCAGACGCUCAGGCGCAUGGCGCGAGACUAUCUCGCGAUCCCUGCCACGUCCGCAUCGAGCGAGCGGGUGUUCUCCCUUGGCCGCAACGUCAUUUCCUGGAAGCGGCACCGCCUGGCCUCCCAGAGAACACGAGCUAUCAUGGUUCUCCGAUCCUGGUACACCUCACACCCCGGCCAGAGGAUAGGCGAGGGCCGCCGACAGAGGGGCGUCGCACCGCCAGAGAUUGCCAUUGAGGGCGAGGGGGCGGAGGACGAUGACGAGGAGGAGGAGGAGGAGGAGGAGGAGGAGGAGGAGGAGGAGGAGGAGGAGGAGGGGGAGGGUGAGGGGGAUGCUGAUGACACAGCGACUGGGGUGGAGCCUGCUGUUGGUAGUAGCAGUGGCGCGGCGUUAGCGUAG